UCCUAUUACUCACAGGGACUGGAGCCGGGGAGGUUGGGCUCAACAGUGUGCUCGGAGGAGCAGUCUUUGUUACUUGCAUCGUUGUUGGGGCUGUUUCACUUUGUGUUGCGCAACAGGACGUCCAGAUUGAUAACAAGUGUUUUUGGAUGUGCGCUACUAAUGUGGCAAUAUGACGGAGACAAGAAUCUGUGGAGAUGGAAUGAGGAAGAUACGGAAGCACAUCGGCCAUUGUUUUCAUUUUUGAAGCUAUGUUCUCUAAUGCACUUGCCAUUAACAGUUCCAAGGCGACUCACUGUUCCUGGUCUAAGGUGUGGAUACAUCACGGCUAAGGAUGUUCUUGAAUUAGUUGAGGAACAUAUCCUAAAGGGUGAAAUCGUUGAGAAGCUUUGGAGGGGCCAAAUGGGUACUACUAUUGGCAAAUCAAGUGUGGCCUUAUUUGAUAGCCACAACCCACCAAGUGGACUUGAUACAGUUAAAGUUAAAUAAAAAAAAGAUGCCACCUGGAUUGUGGUUAUUAUAUUGAGCAUCACUUCAGCUGCUACUAUUGCUUAUGGCAUCUACCGAAGAAGAAGGGAGGCUAGGCAAAGAAGAAGAAAAAAAAGAG